AUGCUCGAUGAGCUCAGAGAUAUUGCUACAAGUAAUGGGAUCAGUAACGUAAGCGACGUUCCGUUUCCGAUAGGUAUUCCGCAUCCCUCCCACGCCGUCACAUGUCAGUGCGAUGAUUCCACCACAGACUUAAUUAAUACAGAAACAAUGCCGUCAUUAUUAGAGGAUAAUAAUGUUCCUAAAAUUUCAUAUGCUAAUGCUGUAGCAAAGGUACCAAGAAAAAAUAACCCAACUAUUUUGCUAUACCCAAAGCAAGAGCUAAAAUGCCAUAUUACAGAGAAACUAAAUCAGAUCCUUCCCCUCAAAGAAAUAAAUGCCAAUAUUGAUUAUAUAGCAAAUAUUAAGAAUGGAGGCAUCGCGAUCAGCAGCACUUCAAAGGAAGAACUCAACAAGAUUACUAACGCCAUAAACGUUUCCGAAGAAGCAAAUAACUUAAUAGAAAUAAAAACACCAAGGGUUAAAAAACCGAAAAUCUCAAUCAAUAAUAUCCCGAAUACGUUACCACCAAAAUUAGUUCUCGAAGAACUAGUUGACCAACUAAGGAUUGAUAAAGAGGAGAUUUCACCUCUCUUUUACACAAAAGGCAAAAACCCCAACACCAUUAAGUGGGUUCUCGAAUGCUCCCCUCGUACUCUAUCAAAAUGUAUUGAACGUAGGAAAAUUAUAAUUAAUUGGAGCAUUCUCCCAAUCGCAGAAUUCUACGGAGUGAGGAGAUGCUACAGAUGCCAAGAUUUCUCACAUUCUGGUAGUGCAUGCAAAUUUAGGACUUAUUGCGCUUUCUGUGGCGGACCUCACUCCAUAAGGAAUUGCAAAGAAGACGUACCGGAUUGUAUCAACUGUAAACUGUUCAACUGCACAUAUGGAACCUACAUCAAUACUUCACAUGCUGCAUUUCCCCCCAAAUGCCCAUUAUAUCAGAGGGAAAUCUCAAAAAUUAAAGCUGCUGCAGUUUACACAUCAAAGCAAGAAGAUAGUUAG